UGAUGAAAUUGGAAAAGAAAGAGACCUCGAAGCAUCGAAAAAUAUUGCUACAGAUGAUGGAGCGGAAACAAAAUCUGCAGGAUCUGAAAGCAGCACCUUGCCACACCACUUAUUUCCUCUGAAUUACCAAAGCUGUGUAGAUUUAUUCAAAUUCGUAUUUAUGAUGCUGUCGGUUAUCUUUGGAACAGGGUCAGCGAACAUAAAUAAGAUACGUCGGAGGAAGGAAAAGCACGAGUGGUCAGUUCAAAUAUUGGAUGAACUUCUGAAGCGAGCUUCCAUGUAUGAGUACGAUGACGAUGGCAGCGUACCCGUGAAUAUAUUGCAGAAUAAAGAUCAACGCACAGACCCUUAUACUUUUGAUGAAGAGGGUAAUGUUACUUUGGCGGGUACCACAGAAGUGGAACAACAUCUCACCACCAAAGGAGAACCCAAACAACAAAACAAUGGGGAGGAGAAGGUUAACGUCAAAAAAAAGAAGACGUGUGAGACACCAAUAUUAAUAGCUGCAAAGAACGGAGUGAGAGAAAUGGUAGAGAAAAUCAUGGAGUCGUUUCCUGUAGCUGUUCAUGAUAUGGAUUCGAAUAAGAAAAAUAUAGUGUUAUUGGCAGUGGAGAACAGGCAAACCUACUUAUAUGACUUAUUGCUCAAGAAGAAAAGUCUGAAGGAGAGUAUAUUCGAUAAAGUGGAUAACGAAGGAAACAGUGCUUUGCACUUGGCAGCCAAGCUUGGAGAGUAUAAACCCUGGCUCAUUCCUGGCGAAGCGCUGCAAAUGCAUUGGGAAAUCAAGUGGUACCUGUUUGUUAAGGAAUCGAUGCGACCUCAUUUCUUUAGUCGGUACAACGAUAACAACAAGACACCAAGAGAUAUCUUCAGCGAAACUCACAGGGAGCUUCUCAAGAGUGGUGGAGAAUGGCUGAAAAAAACCUCUGAAUCUUGUUCCUUGGUAGCAGCGCUGAUAGCUACAGUGGCAUUUUCCACAUCCACCACUGUCCCCGGUGACUUCAAAGACGACACCGGCUCCCCAACUCUUGAAAACAGGCCAGAAUUUAAAGCCUUUGCCAUCGCAUCUCUCAUUGCUCUUUGCUGUUCUGUUACCUCACUGGUGAUGUUCCUCUCUAUACUCACAUCUCGGUAUCAAGAGCGUGAUUUCGGUAAAAAUCUUCCCAGGAAGCUUAUCGUGGGUUUGACGUCGUUGUUCAUGUCCAUUACGUCUAUGAUGGUCUGUUUCUGUGCUGGUCACUUCUUUAUCCUAAAGGACAAACUCAAAUCAGUUGCAUUCCCUGUCUAUGCCGUGACGUGCCUGCCAGUGACACUUUUUGCCUUGGCCCAGUUUCCACUCUACAUCGAUCUCAUAUUGGCUACUUUUAAGAAAGUACCACAGCGUGGAUACAAAACCACUCUACAUUAGCUGUACGCCCAGUAUUAUUGCAGAGCUAAAAUAAUGCUGCAUGUAAUCUAAUUUUCCAUAUAUGCAACUUAAGAU